UCAUUUCCUCUUCACUUCUAGAUCCCCUGUUCUCUCCCCUGCCUCCUCCUGUCUCUACCCACUCAUCAGUCACUCAGCACCAUGGCUGCUAUCAACACAAACCUCCCACAGUCCGAACCCUCGUCAGAGAAGCAGAAGCCGAACCAUGCUUCGAGCCCUUCGGUCGCUUCCAAGCCAGAGGUGAAUGGUCUGGAUGCCAUCGACUACCAACACUUCAAGGACUUGCAGAAGAGCUUGCGCAAUGCUGUGAAGAAGCUGAAUGCGACCGCUAAAGUUGACGCCAUUGUUGCCGAAAAUCCUGGAAAGACAUUGGACGAUCUUGUCGCGGAGAAGAAGAUCAACGUCGAUCAGAAGGCUCAGGCAUUGAAGAAGCCUUCCCUUCAAGCUACUGUUGCUCAGAUCGAGGAGCAAAUUGCCCAGUUCAAAGACUUUGCCGUUUACUACGAGGAACGGCUGGCUAGCCAGAAGGCUGACUUGGAGAAGGCCCACAAGGAGGAGCUUGAGGCUCUCCAAGAACAGGCCACCGCUGCCGCCAGCAAUGCCGGUCAGCAGGAGCUCAGGCAGAAGCUGCUCAACUUGAGCAAGUUCUUGUGCGCUGCCGCGACCGUGAGGCGCUCUGGAGAUGAGACUUCGAGCGAAAGCCGUGCAUUUGAAGGUGUCCUCUACCAAGUCUAUGGAGGUACUCAGGAUGCCGUGACCUCCAUGCUCAAGAUCAUUGAUGGCGUGGAUGACAAGGUGGUUGGUGUUGACGGCACUACGCUGGAGGUUACUUACGAAAGAGUGAAGCAGGUCUCUGCCGAGCUUGCUCCCUCAUCCGACGACACCACCCCCGAGGCCGCUCCUGUAUCGGACCCUUCUGUGGCCAAUGCGGCCUACACCGAACUACAGGAUACUUCGUACAUCGCCGAUGCCACUGUCGCGAACGAAUCUGCUCCUGCCGCUGAGCCCGAGCCUGAGCAGGUCACCCCGCCUGCUCAGACUUUAGUCGGUGACGGUGCUAAUGCAGUUGCGGAGGCCAGCUGGGAUGCAAAUGCUUCUGGGGUGUCCUCUACUAAUACCGAGGGCUGGGUUGAAGUCCCACGGGACCCCGCCGAGACGGAAACUGGCCUCGAGGCGACGCCUGCCGCAGUGGAAGCGGAGGCGACGAGUGCUCCGGCUGCUGGUGAACAGAGUGCAGAGAACGUCACUGUGCCUAAGCCGCAGGGACCCGACGGCUUCGAGGCAGUUGUACACCACCAGAGGCAGCCUAGUGGCCGAGGACGUGGCCGUAGCGGACAUGGUCACGGCCGCGGCCGGGGUGAUGGAUUCCGAGGACGCGGACGCGGCGAAUUCCGAGGCCACGGUCGUGGUCGCGGCCGUGGUGGCCGGGGCCGCGGCGGAGCCAAUGGCAAUGGCAACGGAAAUGGCAAUGGUACACCCAGUGCGGCCCCUGCUGGAACCCAGUAAACUGGUUCGGGUUGAGAUGGGUGGAUCUGCGGUGUGGCUUGGGGGUGGUGCUUCUCUGCGAGAAGUGCUUCUGCCAAUCGACGCAUUUCAGACGCCAGCGUCUUUCCACUUCGCAUGACUCUGGGCCUCUCCCACGCUAGUUCUCUACAUCUUGUUGUCUUUUCUCGCAACCGUCGGGGAUUUCUGCUUUCAUUUGUCUA